AUGUCACUGCUCGUAUACCUUCGGUUGGUCAUCAAUAUCUCGUAUAGAAUGCGGUAUCCUAUGGAUUCGGGAUCCAAUUCCCGAAUAUGUGAAAUAUCGGAGUCAGUCGCGCAGGGCAUGCCCAUAAUAAUCGGCGUUCAUCUUUAUUUGAAAGAGGCUCAACGUGUAAUCGAGUCUACGAAAUGCACUGUUAACAGCUGCAGCACGUUGGAAGGCCGAUUCCCGGAAACAGAGUUUGGCAGUUGUCGGGAGCGUCGUGCAAUUCCCCUUACAUAUCAUUACCAGGUUGGUCGGGCCGAGCUGGCAGCUAACCACAUGUCUACCGUACCAGUGUCCCUCCACUGUUGUGUGCAGCGUGCUCAGAGUUUCUGCCUCUGUUUCAUCUCAGAUUCCAUGUGCGAUGUUGCGCCCUACUUAAUAUUGGAUUCAGCUGCGCAACAGGGCUCUGAGUUCCUCAGUAACGGGUUGAAGCCUAUGGCAGGUACAACAGCCACAGUUGCAAAGGUUGCUUCUUUCACAUUUGGGGAGGAGGAACAUCCAUUGGAAGGCAUACAUGUAGCUGCGAAAGUUUUAGAGACAGCACAUAAUGAGGCAAUGUUCAAUAGACCGAGAACUGGAGGUAAAGGAGAUAGCGGGGGGGUCGACGACAAACAAGCAUACAUACAUAAUUGGUGGGGAUAA